GAAUUUCAGAGAAACGAUUCUUUAGAGCUGAGAAGACAAAAUAAAAGAUUGUUCAUUCUUUGAAGAAACAAAUUAUCGGUUUGGCCAUGGGUGAAUCUGCUGUUCUGUUUCAUUCAUAUUCGUUCGCUGCUCCUCUUUCUCGUAAUGAAUCUCCUGAGUUGCAGGAUAAUCCGAUCCAUGCGCUUAGCGAAUCAGUCUCCUUUGGUAGGUUCAUGACAGAGAAUCUUGAAUGGGGAAAAUGGUCAAGUUUCUCGCACAAGAAGUAUGUCGAUGAAGCCGAGAAAUACUCUCAGCCUGGAUCUGUUGCUCAGAAGAAAGCUUUCUUUGAGGCUCAUUACAAGAAAAUAGCUGAAGCCAAGAAAGCAAAAGCUUCAGAUGAAUCUUCUGACUCAAAACAACAACAACCAGAAAGUGUUGCUGUGUUGCUAAACACUUUGGAGACAUUGACUAAGGAUGAGGUUAAGGAAGAAGAGAGUGGUGAAACUGAUUUAGUCUCGACUAGUGAAGAGUUGGUGUUGAGUAUUGAGAAAGAUGAAGAAGAAGAACCCGAAAGAACAAAUGUUGUUGUGGUUAUGGAACGAGAAGACGCUGUGGUGGAUAACUCGUUAGCCAAACAAGUGAUUGCAGAUGAUAUACAAGCUGUUCUUGAAGUGCUUGAUGAGAAAGAGAGUCACACAGAGGACAAAGAGUUGUUGAAGAAGAAGAGAUGUUCUGUUGGAGAACAAGAAGAAGAGAGAAAAUCAGAAACAAGGGACAAAGCAAUGGAGCUUGUUUUCUCACAGAAGAUAAGUGAAAAACCGACAACUCAUAAUAGUUCGGUGAAGAAGAUCCAAAAACCAGUGCGUCCGAGAUACAGUUUCUUGAACUUCUUGAUGGGAAACAAUAAAACUCAAGAUCAGAACCCGAAGAGAAAAACGGAUAAGAAACCAAACAAACCGUUUCUAUGUCUUUGCUUCAAUCCUGAGAUGGUUGGGGAAACAGAAGCGCCAGCCAAAACACAGAGGAGGAAUCUCUGAGAGUAAAGGUAGAUUCUUUAUCUGUUGGCUUAAAAGCUUUUAGAAAGAUCUGUCCUCGGAUUCUAGUAUGGUAAAAAGAGAAUCUUUGAGUGCACAGUA